AUUUUUAAUUCCGUACUUGAUAAUGCUGAUUUUUUGUGGGAUCCCAAUGUUCUACUUGGAACUUUCCCUCGGCCAAUACAACGAAACAGGAGCUAUAACCACAUGGGAUAAAAUAUGUCCACUCUUUAAAGGUAUUGGCUGGGCCGUUGUUCUGAUUGCUUUUUUCGUUGACUUCUUCUACAACGUUAUUAUUGGCUACGCGUUUUAUUACUUCUUUGCAUCGUUCAACCUUAAUGGCGUACCAUGGGCGACGUGCAAUAAUACGUGGAAUACGGACGCAUGUUACCUCCCGACAGUUGGAUUCUCAGAAAAUGACACAAAUGCGACACAUGAGUCAGCUGCGAUGCAAUAUUAUCAGUAAGCAAAUAUGCAUGUUUUU